AUUGGUAACCAGUCUAUUGAUACUUAGAGGCUCUUGUUUCCUGUUCCGGUCGUCGUGUACAAAAUGCCCGUAAAGAUAUCUCUAGUUCUUCUAUAUUCUAUGUUAUACAGCUGUUCGGCUUUAUAUUUUCAUAUAGCCGAAACAGAGAAAAAAUGUUUUAUCGAGGAAGUUCCUGAUGAAACUAUGAUUGUCGGUAAGAUUGUUAAGAUUUCUAUUAGAUCUUUCGAUCUCCAAAUACGGCUUCCUUAAACAUCACGUUCUUAAGGAAUCUUUGCGAAUUUUUAUAAUCUAUGCCUUAAUACUAUGAGAGUCAAUACAAGAUUGACCCUUUUCCCUCCAAAAUAUCAUUUGACAAACAAGUAAAAUUUGCGCCAUCUGCAUUUAUAUGAGAAGAAAUUCAACGUGGAUCAACAGAUGACACAAGCAUAUGUUUUUACUUGACUAUUCAUAUAAUAAUAACACUAUUUCAGGCAAAUACAAAGUUCUAAGAUUCGAUAAGAACAUAAACGAUUUCGUUACAACAACAACUGGAUUAGGAAUGCACGUCGAAAUCAAAGAUCCUUCCGAAUCAGUUGUAUUGUCAAGGACAUACGCUUCCGAAGGCCGAUUUACAUUUACAUCACAUUCGGCUGGAGAGCAUACAAUUUGCCUUCAUAGUAAUUCAACUGCUUGGUUUGGCGGUGGUCAACUACGUGUUCAUUUGGAUAUUGAAAUUGGCGAACAUGCCAACGAUUAUCAACAAAUUGCAGCUAAAGAUAAACUAAGUGAUUUAGAAACAAGAAUUAGACAACUUUUGGAUCAAGUAGAGCAAAUAACUAAGGAGCAGAAUUAUCAACGUUAUAGAGAAGAAAGAUUUAGGCAAACUUCGGAAUCAACUAAUCAACGGGUUUUGUGGUGGUCCAUUGCUCAAACUGUUAUAUUGUUGGGAACUGGAUUUUGGCAAAUGAGACAUUUGAAAGGUUUCUUCGAAGCAAAAAAAUUGGUGUGAAGUUGUUGAAAUUAUAUUUAUCUACUCAUUCCUUCAUAUUUAGGUUUAUUAAAGUUAAUGAAAUGAUAAUAGUGUCAUGUCUCUCUCUUUCUCUAUCUUUUUCUUUUUUUUUUUUCAUUUUAAAAAAGGUAAUUUGUACAAAAAUAUAACUGAUAGAAAAUUGUUUUGAAAUAUGAGAAAAGUAGAUUUGAAAGACA